GAAGUUGGGGAUAGUGGUCAACGAGUCGAGUGGUUGAGGACGACAAUUACUGAUGGGCAAGAUGGUGUUGGUCGAUGUCGGGUUCGAUCGUUGGUCGCCGGAAGUUGGUUAUGGUUCGACGCGAAAGUCACGGUCGAGUCAACGUCAUCGAAUUCAACACCAAUGUCGAACUCAACAUCAUGUCAGUCGAAGCAGGCAGUCAAGUGGUCAGCGGUUGGUCGUCAAGGGAAGAUAGUGAAGGCAACGACAUGUCAAAUCUUCCAUCGUGUAGCAGUCAUAUUCUACGCUUAUUUCUCUUCUUCAAGUUACCCUUAG